AAUUUGAUCUCGUUUUACGAUAGUUCUGAUUUACGGUACCACCGGUGUUACAGCAACGAGUGGAAGGUAGAAGUAAGAUUAGCUUCUCUGACUGCACGCCGAGCAAUUCAUCCAACAUAAAAGUACGGCUGUCAUUUCGGAUAAUUGUAGAGCUUAAUGUACUCGUCAGAAACUAUACUUCUGACCUCAUAUCGCGGCAGUAAGGUGACUGCUGAGGUGUACAUCUACUUUUCUCCGGGCAUGACAAGCAACGAUAGCUAACGGUAGCAGGCAGCUGUCUCCCUCUCCUCAUCGGUGAACUCAACCACUUUGGCAGCUUUAGUCUUCACUCCUACUCUUCUGAUUUUCUUAUAAACAUGCCCAUUCAACUGACAAGUCAGGCGUACUGUAAAAUGCUUUUACACGCUGCCAAGUAUCCACAUUGCGCCGUAAAUGGAUUGCUGGUGGCAGAAAAGAAGAAGGAGAAGAAGAAAGACAGCCAUAGUGAGCCAGUCUUGUGCGUGGACUGUGUGCCUCUGUUUCACGGUACUCUAGCUCUGGCACCGAUGCUAGAAGUAGCCUUAACGCUGAUUGAUACUUGGUGUAAAGAAAAUAAUUAUGUCAUUGUCGGAUAUUAUCAAGCCAACGAACGCACAAAGGAUUCAAGGCCCAACCAAGUUGCAGAGAAGGUGGCUGCCAGAAUUUCUGAGAACUUCAGUGAAGCAGCAAUUGUUAUGGUGGACAACAGUAGAUUAACGGUGAGCUGUUCUGAACCCAUCGUGUUUAUCUACGAUCAUCAUGAAAACAAGUGGAGAAGCAGAGAAGUGACCGUUGACUCCUUUGAAGACUGGAGUGAAGCACAGAAGAUCACAUCUGCUCUGCUAGUGGGCCGGUCCUAUGAGAACUUGGUUGAUUUUGACAAUCACUUGGAUGAUCUUAGGAACGACUGGACCAACCCAGUGAUUAACAAGUCCGUCCUGGACCUGUGCUAAGACCUUCAGUCAGGAGUACCCUGGACAAACACACACAUACACGCGCAAACAAAUAUUGCUGCCAUUUCAGCAUGUACAAUGCUACUUGUGUAGCACAGGAGAAUAAAAAUGCCGACCCCAUAGUCUGUGUACCAUCAAAAGUCUCUCGCACUGACGGGAACUUGUGGGGCGUUGGCCAGUUAGGCCAAAAUCUCUUAAGGGCAAGCACCGUAUGUGCACUGUUGGCCUGUGUCCACCUUUGACAGGGUGAUGCAGCAGUGAUGAAGGCUUUUAUGUUUUUGGAUGCAACUUUACGUUCACCCCCUUGCAAUGGGUUUUAAUAUUUUAGUUAUGUGCAAGAAUUUAUAUUCUAGAGGAUUAAAUCUAUAAGUUUUCUCUUAGCCGUACAGAGAUCAAGGUCUAAAUUAUUCAAUUUUAAGUGAUGAUUGUAUACCUGAUGGGAUUAAAUAUGUUCUUUAUUAAAUUUCUGCAAUAUAUAACCCCUGAAGCAAAAUUCAUAUGUAUAAAUGUAGUCUGAAGUUUUUAGAUGACACUGAACCAGAGAAAGUUUUGAAAGCCCGAACCUUAAUCUUUCUGUAGCUGCACUAGCAACGACGGGAUGAAUGAUUAAAGAGCUUUGACUCUUAAAUGAUUUGAUUGCUUACACAAACUUCUGUGAUGCAUGUCUCUUGUUGUCACUAGUGCGACUCAGAAUGUCACUCUGGAUGAUGUACGGCUGCAUUUUGGCUCUUGAUUUGUGAUCUCGAAGAUUUUGUUCUGAGUCAGAUCACAGGGAUGUGUGAAUUUUGUUUUAUGUGCAUAUCCAUUCUAAGAAUUAGGACAAUUGUAGGUUAACAUUUAAUUGAUUAUUCUAAAUCCAAGUAUUUCAGAAAGAAUUAAAUACUUAUGGCACAGCUAUAGAAACAUGUCAUUGAUAAGAAUUAAUCAGUUGUGUGGGUGAAAAAUUUUCUACUGAAAUUGCUUUGAGUUGAAUGUACAAUGAAACAGAUUUUUGAAACGAU